AGGAGAUGAAAAGCCCUGAAGAUGCAGGCGGUGCAGAUCUCAAACUGAUCCACUGCUAAGUAUAAACUGAAUUUCUCUGCCUCUCUUCACUUGGCUGAGUUCCUCUCUUUGGUCAGUAGCCUGCAUGGUAUUAGGACCCAGGGGGAGCCUUUCAGUUGAAAACACCUCCCGGCAGCAAGCUAGCUCAGAAGCUCCCAGUUCUAGAGAGGCUGUUUACCAAAAAAGAAUAACAAGGGCAGGUCUCACUGCAGGGCUGAGAUCUGGAGGCACAACUGCCACCGAAAGGACCCCGGUCGGUCAAUCACCUGCAAGAUGAAGGUGUUGAGGAUGCUGUUGGCCUGGCUGCAAACAUUCCUCAUCAGCAACAUGCUUCUAGCAGAAGCCUAUGAAUCUGAAGGCUGCUUCUGGGACAACGGCCACCUGUACCGGGCGGACCAGCCCUCCCCAGCGCCGGGCCUCAGCUGCCUCAACUGGCUGGAUGCGCAGAGCAGCCUGGCCUCUGCCCCGGAGUCGGGCGCCGGCAACCACAGCUACUGCCGCAACCCGGACCGGGACCCGCGCGGGCCCUGGUGCUACGUCCGCGGCCAGACCGGCGCUCCCGAGAAGCGGCCUUGCGAGAACCUGCGCUGCCCAGAGACUAUUUCCCAGGACCUGCUAACCUCCAGAACAGAAACCGAAACCGUGGAGGUGCCUGAAGUGCCAAGUGGAGAAGAGGUGCAGUUGUUCGCUCCCGCCAAUGCCCUGCCCGGCCAAAGCGGGGCAGCGGCUGUGCGGCCAGUGGUUGGAAUCAGCCAGCGGGUUCGGACGAACUCCAAGGAGAAAAAGGACCCGGGAGUCAUGGGCUAUGUGCUGGGCAUUAUCAUGACGGGGAUCAUCAUUACCAUUGGGAUCGGCAUCAUCGUGGUAUAUACCUACAAGAGGGGGAAGAAACUGAAAGAGCAGCAUGACCAGAAAAUGUGUGAGAGGGAGAUGCAGCGAAUCACCCUGCCCUUGUCUGCUUUCACCAACCCCACCUGUGAGAUGGUGGAUGAGAAGACAGUUGUGGUCCACACCAAUCAGACUCCAGUUGACCUUCAGGAGGGCAGUGCCCCCCUUAUGGCCCAGGCAGGCACUCCUGGGGCCUGAGCCCCCGCAGUGGGCAGGAGCCCAUGCUGACACUGGUGCAGGAUGGCCUACUCUCCUACAGUUGGGAGGAUCUGCAUUUUGUUGUGGUUAAAACCCUCCCCCUUCUUUUUUUUCCUUUUGUUUUUGGUGAAUCCUAAGACAGAAGCAGGUGGCACUGUUGACUGAGGGCGAAACCAGGUAGGGUCCUACCAGUGCUCUCUCCCCAGCCCUUGGAACAGGGUUUUGCCCAUGGAUGGAAACAGUGGCAGCCCCACAGCAGUGCUGCUGACAAGGGCUUCCAAUAUUGCCUGUGCUCCAGAACUGAAUCAGGGAUGGACAGGGAGCUCCCCCAGGCUCCUCUGUGCUUUAUUAUCUAAGUAUCCGCCUUUCCAUUUGUUCUCUGUGGGCUUGAGUGGCACAUACUGUUACUCAUAGUUCAGGUCAAGCAGGUCAAGUGGCAGCAUUAAAAAAGUAUAUUUAGUUUAAAAAACAUUUGGGAUGGACUCCCUACUGACCUCUGAGAACCGGAAAUGAGUUUGUACAAGAGUCAAAACUGUAGGUGGAGAAUGGGAUCUAGGCUGGGGCUUACCAGGUGUGCCCCAGCUUGCUGGCAGUGAUGUGCCUUGAUAGUAGUGGGCCUGAGCCCAGGGACUCUUCUUGUUUGGAAAGGAAAGGAAGGGAAGAAUCACAUUGAACAUUCCACUUAGGAAGAGAGUAGAGAAGGAUCCGCAAAUGCCUUAGGCCACAGGACCUGAGGUGGACCUGGGGUGCCCCAGUCAGUCUCUCCAAGGUGGACAGUGACCUCUUCAUUUUGUGGGGUUAAGACAACUGCUAGCUAACCUAUGGGAAUUAUACUGUGGGGCCUUGUGAGCUGCUUCUGAGAGGUUAACCUGUAAACUAAGCUCAGAGGCAAGGUAAUAAAGUGCUUCAGGGCUUGCCCCUUUAGUGGCCUGAGUUUGGAGAUGGCUCUGUGGCCUAUAGGCCAGCACCUUCCAGUGUGGGCAAUGGAGCUAACCUGUGAAACAGUCAUAAAACCAUUGGAAGGGACCUUAGGGUUCCUCAAGUCUUUUGGACACACAGGCCCAGAGGCGAAAAGUGACACCCAGGGUCAGAGAGAAAGUUACUGGCAUGGCCAAGAGGAGAGUACAUUUCCCCAUAGCACUGUGCUGCACUGUGCCAGCGGCUCAGCAGGGCCUCCAAGACCUGAUGUCACACUUGAAGGCCUUAGCAAUGCUCCCUAUCCACAGAGCUUCCUUCCCCUGCCCCAUGUGGAGAAGGGGGUUAGCGGGGCCCAUUCUCUUUAGCAGGCUGUACCUGGGGGUGGUUUUCUGAGGGGACCUAGGCCUAGGAUCUUGGUGUUAGUGAUGCUAAAGAGAAUAUUAAUGGUUUCUACUUUUCUAUAAAAGCGUUUCUCUGUGUACAUGUUUUAUAUACCUCAUUCUGAUACCUGUGUAUAAAGUACAGGAAAUUGCUCUGCAUUUGACUUACAUAAAUAAAUUUUUUAAAAAAGGA